GAGAAAUGUCAAAAGCAACAACAUUUUUUUCUUCUUCUUCACUCAGUUGACAACUUUAUUAGGGAAACGUAAUUGUUUCUGUGUCGAGGUGUGGUAUCGAAGCAAUUUUAUUUUGGAUAAGUUUUAUUUUUUAUUAAGUUAAUUCUAGUGAAAUAUUUAUUAAGCGAGCAACAAUGACUGGUCGGUUGCCAGCUUGUGUGGUUGAUGUUGGAACGGGUUACACAAAAAUUGGUUAUGCUGGCAAUAAAGAGCCGCAAUUUAUAAUCCCAUCAGCGAUUGCUGUUCGUGAAUCGGCUCGGAUUGGAGACCAGGCGAUUCGACGAGGUGGUAAAAAUACUGCAGACGAUUUGGAUUUUUUCAUCGGUGAUGAAGCGUUUGAUGUUGGUAAAACGUAUGCGGUGAAAUAUCCGGUGCGACAUGGUCUGGUCGAGGAUUGGGAUUUAAUGGAACGAUUCAUGGAGCAAUGCAUUUUUAAAUAUUUACGUGCUGAACCAGAGGAUCAUCAUUUUUUAUUGACUGAACCACCGCUCAAUACGCCCGAAAAUCGCGAAUACACCGCUGAAAUUAUGUUUGAAACGUUCAAUGUGCCCGGUUUAUACAUUGCUGUACAAGCCGUUUUAUCACUUGCUGCGAGCUGGGCAUCACGUCCAAUCAACGAACGCACAUUGACUGGAAUUGUUGUUGAUAGUGGUGAUGGUGUAACUCAUGUUAUUCCCGUCGCAGAGGGAUAUGUUAUUGGCUCAUGUAUUAAACAUAUCCCAAUCGCCGGUCGUAACAUUACCUCGUUCAUUCAGACACUAUUGCGAGACCGUGAAUUCAAUAUUCCGCCAGAACAGAGUAUGGAGACUGCCAAAGCCAUCAAAGAACGAUACAGCUACAUUUGCCCUGAUAUUGUAAAAGAGUUCACCAAAUAUGAUAGCGAACCAAGCAAAUGGAUUCGCCAAUACGAGGGAAUCAAUUCAGUGACAAAGAAACCAUUCAACGUUGAUGUUGGCUAUGAACGAUUUUUGGGCCCGGAGAUUUUCUUUCACCCGGAAUUUUCGAACCCAGAUUUCACUACACCAAUCAACGAAAUCGUCGAUAAUGUCAUUCAGAAUUGUCCAAUCGAUGUGCGACGUCCUCUGUACAACAACAUCGUUCUGAGUGGCGGCUCGACAAUGUUCAAAGACUUUGGAAAGCGUUUACAGCGUGAUAUCAAGCGAGCAGUCGAUGCUCGUCUUAAAAUAAGCGAACAAUUGAGUGGAGGACGAUUGAAGCCAACGCCAAUCGAUGUACAAGUCAUUUCUCAUCAUAUGCAACGAUAUGCCGUUUGGUUUGGCGGCAGCAUGCUCGCAUCCACACCGGAGUUCUAUGAAGUUUGUCACACGAAGGCAGCGUAUGAAGAGUAUGGUCCGGGUAUUUGCAGAUACAAUCCCGUGUUCGGUACAAUGACAUAAUCUAGUUGAAAAUUAGUCUCAUGCUGUGUUUUUGUGCGUGUGUUUUUUUUUAAAUGAACCAAACUGCCAAUUGUCAUAAAUAUUGUAUUAACAAACAAUAAUCUGUAAGCCAUAACGAAACUGAACAAGUCAAAGAAAGCAAAAACAACAACAACAACAACAAGCAACUAAGCCUCAUCUAUAUCGCAAUAUAAAAACAAAAAUGUAUUAUUUUAGUUUGAAAAUACUGACUUUACCAAAUCUACAAAUAAUAUAAUGAGAAAAA